AUGACUGAUAACACCAAGAAACAAGAUGCUGCUGACUUACUGGCUUCUUUGAACAUCGAAGCCAAGAAAGAAGAAGCUAAAACUCAAACCAAAGAAAAUGCCACAACCACACCGGAGCCAGUAAAAGAGACGGAAAAACCCAAAGAAAAUGAUGAUAAGGGUGCGUCUGAAGGCAAAGACUCAAAUUUAGUUAAAUCUGAAUAUGAAGUCAAGGUGAAAUUGGCAGACCUCCAGGGCGACCCGAACUCUCCGCUUUACAGUAUCAAAUCUUUCGAAGAAUUGGGUCUUGCUCCAGAGCUUUUGAAAGGGCUAUAUGCCAUGAAGUUUCAAAAGCCUUCGAAAAUUCAAGAAAGAGCCUUGCCUCUACUUUUGAGCGAACCUCCAAGAAACAUGAUUGCUCAGUCCCAAUCUGGUACCGGUAAGACUGCCGCUUUCUCUCUAACAAUGCUAUCGCGCAUUGAUAUCACGCAACCACAAACACAGGCUAUCUGCUUAGCUCCUGCGAGAGAGUUGGCAAGACAAACCCUUGAGGUGAUCCAGGAAAUGGGUAAGUUCACUAAAGUCACAUCUCAACUUAUCGUUCCAGACUCCUUCGAGAAGAAUAAGCCAAUCACUGCCCAGAUCAUUGUUGGUACUCCAGGAACCGUCCUUGAUCUGAUGCGCAGAAAAGCGCUUCAGUUGGGCCAGGUUAAAGUUUUCGUUUUGGAUGAAGCCGAUAAUAUGCUCGAUAAACAAGGUUUGGGUGACCAAUGUCUGCGCGUGAAGAAGUUUCUGCCCAAAGCCGCCCAGAUGAUUUUGUUCUCUGCUACCUUUGACGACAGUGUGAGAAACUACGCACGUAAAGUGGUACCUGAUGCCAACUCUUUGGAAUUGCAAAGAAACGAGGUAAACGUGGGUGCCAUUAAGCAAUUGUUUAUGGAUUGUACCGACGAAAACAACAAAUAUGAAGUUCUGACAGAGCUUUAUGGCCUACUGACGAUUGGCUCCUCCAUCAUUUUUGUGCAGACUAAACAAACUGCCAACGUACUGUAUGCGAAACUAAAACAAGAGGGUCACCAGGUGUCGAUUUUGCAUGGCGAUUUGCAAAGCUCCGAAAGAGAUAGACUCAUCGACGAUUUCCGCGAGGGCCGUUCCAAAGUUCUCAUCACCACCAAUGUACUUGCUCGUGGUAUUGAUAUUCCUACAGUGUCGAUGGUGGUAAACUACGACCUUCCAACCACUUUUCAAGGAAAGGCAGACCCAUCCACGUAUAUCCACAGAAUCGGCAGAACCGGUAGAUUCGGCCGUACUGGUGUGGCUAUCUCAUUUGUUCAUGACAGAAAGUCGUUUGAAGUUCUAACUGCCAUUCAGAAAUAUUUCGGAGAUAUCGAGAUGACGAGAGUACCCACCGACGAUUGGGACGAGGUUGAAAAGAUUGUCAAGAAAGUGCUAAAGCAGUAA